CCUGUACCCAUCAGCCCUCUUAUGUUUGGAUGUUGUUGUACAGACGCUGCAAAAGAUUUAUAUAAACGGUUGAAUCCUUCUCUAUUGAUAAGAGCCACAACGCACCACUAUGGGUGAAAGAAAAGGAACAAACAAAUACUAUCCUCCGGAUUUUGAUCCGGCAAAGCAUGGCUCCCUCAAUGGCUACCAUAAAACUCACGCCCUUCGGGAGAGAGCCAGGAAACUGUCCCAGGGCAUCCUCAUCAUCAGGUUUGAGAUGCCCUACAACAUCUGGUGUGAUGGCUGCAAAAAUCACAUUGGCAUGGGGGUUCGAUACAAUGCAGAGAAGAAGAAAGUGGGGAACUACUACACCACGCCAAUCUACAGGUUUAGGAUGAAGUGCCACCUUUGUGUCAACUACAUUGAAAUGCAGACCGAUCCACAGACCUGUGACUACGUCAUAGUGAGUGGAGCCCGAAGGAAGGAGGAGCGCUGGGACAUGGCGGAAAACGAACAGAUCCUCACCACAGAGCGAACAGAGAAGGAGAAACUGGAGACAGAUGCCAUGUACAAGUUGGACCACGGUGGGAAAGACAAGGAGAAACUGACGAAGGCCCUGCCCUCUCUGUCAGAGAUUCAGGACCAUCAGUCUGGAUGGAAGGAUGACUUCCACCUGAACAGCACCCUCCGCAGGAAGUUCAGGACAGAGAAGAAAGUUCUGGCUGAGCAGGAGGAGAAGGACGACGCUGUGAGAAUGCGAACCAACCUGUCCAUCCCACUGCUGCCGGAGAAGGAGGAGGACAAGAAACUGGCCUCACUGCUCACCUACCAGGCCCCCGACUCCUUCGAGGACAAACAGCACAGCAAACGUCAGGAGAUCUCCAGUCGGUCGUGGUUCAACCCCUCCUCAGCUCCACUCGGGGUGGGGGGGGCUGCAGGCGGUCUGCUCCAGCGGCUGGGUCUGCAGGGCAAAGAGGCAGCGGUGGCCAAAGCGCUGGGCUCCACCCACAGCCCUCUGAUCCGCAAACGCACAGGGCCCUCAGAAGUCAAAGGCCAACCCUGUGCUGCUGUCACCAGAAGGAGGUCAGACCCCGAGGUCAACGCACGCGACGGACAGAGGUCAAAGGUCACUCCCGCACAGGAAGCCUCAGACGUAGCGGUCGGCUUAUCACCGGUCGGACAGGAAGCGACGGGCGGGCAGGCGGACGAAGAACCGCGGAAGGAUCCAGACCGAGGGUUUGGAGGAGUCCCGUCCCUGGUGGCAGACUACAGUGACUCCGAGUCCGAUUCCGAACAAUGACCAGGCUCUAAAUGGGACAGUUUGGGUGGUUUAGGACAGGGAUUAAUUAAAGGAGAUUAUCUUCAUGUCACUGAUGUUGUGUUAAAUGUGUUGGUCAACACAUCCGGCUACAAUGGAACUAUUGUGUUUUUAUUUGACAAAACUUGUAAAAUAAAUGAAUAUGCAAUAUAUGUAAAGAUGUAAAUUAUAAGUGAGAAUGGGGUUAUGUUUUGAAACAGUAACUUCAGAUGUCUUUCACAUGGCCACAACAACAAUAGAAUAGAAUGUCUUUAUUGUUGUACAGGUACAACGAAAUGAAAAAAGUGCAACUGUCCUAGGUGCCAUAAAAAAGUAUCAAUGUAUAUAAAAGAGUAUAAAAACUAAAAUAUAAAAGAAAAACCCUGACAGCCGCUUAAAAAUAAAAUGUGAAAUACAAUACAAUGCCAUGUUCAGGUGAAUGUUUUCUGAGGGAUAAUUGAAACUAAUUGAACCCCCCCAUCACCACCAAAAUGUAAUCAUUUGUUUCUUUUGCCAGUAUCAACAUUUCCUGAAAAUUUCAUCCAAAUCCUUGCUAACAGACAAA